UGAGCGCUCCGGUGGGAAGCAUAACUUAGAGGCUAACGAGUUCCAGGGAAAGAGGGAGAUGCAUACAGAAGCCCAACCACUGGCUUUGAGCAGCUGGUUCCUUAAGUAUGUUGGGACCCAGACCUUUUAGUUUUACUUCAGUGAUCUCAAAAGCAGGAACCUCGUGUUUGCCACUCUUCCAGUUGGUGCUCUCGGACCCACCAUGUGAAGAAAAUGAAAUGUGCAUAAACUAUAAAGAUCGAUACACAAGGGACUGGUAUAUCUGGUUCUUGCUGCUGAUUUUCCUGAUGACUCUUCUCUGUGGAGUCAUGUUCUUCUGCCUCCAGUGCUGGCUGAGGAGACCCCGAAUGGAAUCCCCAAGUCGCACCAUGGCUGUUUUUGCUGUUGGAGACUUGGACCCCGUUUAUGGGACAGAAGUGGCUGUGACACCAACUGUUGGAAUUCACCUUCAAACUCCAAACCCUGAAAUGUGUCCUGCUCCAUGUUUUGGCACUUUAGACCCCCCACCUCCAUAUGAAGAAAUUCUGAAAUCAAGCCGAUAGCUCCAGAUCAUCAACUGACAACAUUAGAAACAUUUUUUAAAAUGUAGGAACAAUUGUUUUAUUUAGUGUGAAUUUUCAGAAAUCAAUGAAUAUAGCCUGAAAAAGGACAUUUAAUAUAGUCUGCAAAAAGACAAGAGAAUGAAUGUAGAGAAAACAUUUCGGUCAGGGAGAUAUUUCAGUAGUGAAUUACUGGACUUUUCAUGUAUCAUUGCUGUGUUCUGUUUCAUGCUAUACAACCAAGUGAUUGUCUCUCUAUCAACACUCCCAUUAACGCAUGGAGUAGUCUCCAUUAAGUACGAUUCCACUCCAGUACACAUCACAGCUCUCUCUGCCUUAUUCUCUGUUUUCAUCCGACCCCUCCCUUCGUAUGGAGUUAAUAAGAGUUAUCAUAAUUAAACGAUGGUCCAAGCGGAGAUUCAGACAUGUCCAGACCCAAACCAGAAAGAGAAUAUUUGAAUUAGGGUACAAGAUGAGAGUAGGAACAAGGGGCACUCAGAGUUGAAGGAUGAAGGGUGAAUGAAGGAGAUUAAAAAUCCCCGUUCGAAAAGGUGCCUGUCUCAGCCUGAGGAGAGAAAAAGUGUAGAUGGAGGCUGAAGGAGACCCCAAAGCUGUGCAGCAUGUGUAAUAACACAGUGUGGAGAAGGAGGAGGCUCCUGUUUGGAUGGUAAAUGUAGGCUCUAGAGCCCACAGUCUUUCUCUGGUACCUGGAGACUCGGCAUUUCUUGGGGAACUAUGAUAAGAAUCUUUGGCUUAGAUAUCAAUGUUCUUGUUGAGAACACUGACUCCAGAAGUAGCGAUGGGACAGUUUCAGCAUUUUUGCAGUGACCAUGAGCAAUGGGGGGCCAGAAAAUGAAAUCCAUGCUAGAACAGCCAGUGGUGUUCAGCUGACAAAUCUGUCAAACAAAACAACUGACAGCUCCACUUGUUUAUUUAAAAUACCUCUUAAGAAAGUUUGACCAAAUUUAUCUCCUAAUCUUUUCGCAAACUUGUUUUUCCAAACUUUCCUCAUUUCCAGCGACAGUAACAGCAACUUUUGAGUUGCUUAGACCAAAGAACUUGGAGUCAUUCUUGAGUCCUCUCUUUGUGUUUCUUCCUGUAUCCCUGUUGUCAGAAAGUGGCUUGGCUCAGCUCUUAACUUCAGAAUAAGCCUAGAUUCUAAACAGUUCUUACUACAUUUCUGGUAGGAGCCACUCACAACCAGUUAUUGCCUGAUGACUGUAAUAGUAUCUCGACUGGUCCUUUUGCUUGCAGCUUUGUCCUUCUAUAUAUUUUCUUUCCAACACAGUAGCUACAGCAAUAUUUUCAAAACAUAAGGAGAAUCAUGUCCCUUACCUAAACUCCAGUGACAUUCCACCUCACUCAGAGGAAAUGCUGAAGUCCUUGUCCCAGGCCCCUGUAGGAUCUCCUUUGCCAUGACUUUCGCCCUUACUUAUUUGUCCCAGGAACACUGUUAUCAGACCUAUCAGGUGUUAACCUUCCUGCAUCUGUCUGUUUGGGCCAUAGUACUUGCUGUUUCUUUUUUCCCCUUUCUUUUCUUUUCUUCUUCUUCUUCUUUUUUUUUUUUUUUUUUUUUUUUUUUUGACAGACAUAGACAACAAGUAGGCAGAGAGGAAGUCAGAGCGAGAGGGGGAAGCAGGCUCCCCGCUGAGCAGAGAGCCCGAUGUGGGGCUCGAUCCCAGGACCCUGGGAUCAUGACCUGAGCUGAAGACAGAGGCUUUUACCCACUGAGCCACCCAGGGGCCCCACUUGCUGUUUCUUUUGUCUGCAACACUCUUCCUCUAAAUAUCAACAUUGUUUCACUCUUUUACUUCCUUUAAUUCUUUGUACCAAUGUCACCUUCUUCAUGAGACCCAUGCUGAUUAUUCUACUUUAAAAAUUGCAACUUCUCCCCAUCCUGGCACUUCCACCUCUUUGUCUCAGAUACACUUUUUUUCAUAGCACUAACCACCUACUCUACUACAAAAUUGAAUUCUAUUUAUAAUCUGGUGGACUUCCCUUGCUAGAAUGUAAAUCUAUGAGGGGAUAGAUCUUUGUGUUAUUCACUAAUUUAUAUCCCAGGGUCUAAAGGAGUCUGGUAUUUAGUAUGUAUUCUAGCAAAUUUUGUAAGCCAUCUUACCCAGUUUGGGAAAGUCCCAAAGGUAAAUGGAUGAGAUUUGAUAGGGAUAAGACUUUAUAACAGUGAAUGAGGGUAAGAGCCAGGGACAGAUGGCUUAUUGCUACUAAAAUAAUCUCAUUAGUAUCUACUGAUGAAAGAAGCCCAGAGAACAUGUGUUAAUACACUCUAAUAAUCUCAGGUAGGUAAGCAAGGUUUAGGGUGUAUACAAGGUGCUUCCAGAUUUUAUUCUCAUGAUAAUUUUGUGACCUAGCUACCCCUAACUUCGAGUUACACAUGGUAGAUUGAACAUAUCUGCUCCCUUCUGAAAUGUAGUAAAAUUACAAUAAAAGAGGAAAAAUGUUUUUAAUUCACAAGAACAAAAAAAUUGGCAAGAAGAUGACAAAGAACAUUAACAGCGAGAUUUUGGUAUACAGAGAGAUAUCUGAAAUGGAGGCAGAUGGAUAAAUCAUAAUUCAUUGGGGCUUUAAGUUUCUCCACUUGGCUUUAGUGUCUUCAGGGACAAAACUAAAAAUAAUCAAGCAAAUCCAUGCUGUAGAAAUGCAGAGACUCCCCAAGAAUUAGAGGUAGGAGAGGUGAAGAGAACUCUGGAAAUGAUGAUGAACAUGAUCUACAGGAAGAUAGUAUUUUUUUAAAAGAUUUUAUUCAUUUAUUUGACAGAGAUCACAAGUAGGCAGAGAGGCAGGCAGAGAGAGAGGGGGAAGCAGGCUCCCCACCGAGCAGAAAGCCCGUCUUGGGGCUCGAUCCCAGGACCCUGGGAUCAUGACCUGAGCCGAAGGCAAAGGCUUCAACCCACCGAGCCAGCCAGGAGCACCUAGGAAGAUAGUAUUAAGCAAAUUAAUUAGUAUUAAGAACAUAUUAAGAGCCAGUUCCAGUCAGGACAUGACAACAAACAGCUGUAGAAUGAUAAGAGGGAUAUUAAGAAAAAAAAAUACAUAAUAAAAAUACAUAAUAAUAAAAAAUGUGGUGAUAAAUUAACAAUUGUUAAGUGGAAAGUGAAGGAACUGAAAAGAGGAUUCUAUGUCUAUGAAAAACAGAAGCAGGAUUAACCCCCCAACCCUGAAAUGGUUAAACUAUGAAUAAUGUUAAUGGUAAGUAUUGAGUUUUACAUUGGGCAUUAGUUAUAUCAAUAAGCUAAACAGAGGGGGAAGUGUGUCUAAGGAAAGGUGGCAGGAUUUAAUAAGAAAACUAAAUCCUAAUCAGAUUGUGGGAAGUCAGUGAAUAAUAUUUAAAAUUAAAAGAAAGGGAUGCUUAGGUGGCUCAGAUGGUUGGGUGUCUGCCUUGGGCUCAGGUCAUGAUCUCCAGGUUCUGGAAUCAUGAGCCCCACGUCUGGCUCCCAGCUCAGUUGUGGGCCUGCUUCUCCCUCUCCCUCUGCCUCUCCCUCUGCUCUUGCUCUCUCUGUCUGUCUCUCUCUUUCUCUAUCAAGUGAAUAAAUAAAAUACUUUUUAAAAAUAAAUCAAUUCAAUUAAAAGAAAAUUUUUUAAAAAAUUAUUCAGUAUGUCAUUUGGAAAUUGGGUCCCAAGUAUCUGAAACAAAACACUAAAACAGUUGAAAAUUAUUGCCUCAAGAAGUUGGAGAUAAUGCUAUGUGGGGUUGGGUUAGAGCUGAGAAGUAUUGGCUUUUAUCUGAGCCUAUGAUACAAUUUGAGUUUUAAAACUAAAUGCAGGUAUUACUUUAAUUCUCUCUCAAUCCCUCUUUCUAUAACCCUAUCUAUCUAUCUAUUUAUCUAUCAUGAUCCAUCACUGCCUUCAUUUAACAGAUUAGAAAACGUGGGUUCUGGAAAAAUUACUGACUUGCCCAGCAUUCAUUGUUUACUAGCAUGAGGGACAAAGCUAGAGAGGAGGCAUUUUCAUCUUUCAGUUCCUAUUCUAGAUAUUUUCCCCCACAAUGAUCAUUUAACUUCAAAAGUGGCUACAAGCGGCACCUGGCUGGCUCAGCUGGUUGAAUGUCAGACUCUUGAUUUUGGCUCAGGUCAUGCGCUCCACGUUGGGAGAUAGAGCCAGGGUCUGGCUCUGUGCUCAGCAGGGAGUCUGCUUGAGAUUCUCUUCCUCUCUUUCUGCCUCUCCCCUGUCGACAUGUGUGCAUGGGCAUGCACUUUCUUUCUCUCUCUCUAAAAUAAAUAAAUCUUUUUUAAAAAGUGGCUACAAACAUCAGAGAAUGUGGGUUAUAAGUAAGUGUACCUCAAAUAAGUCAUGCUACAGAGUUUUUGUUCAUAUCCUAUGAGCUAUGUAUGUUAAAAUUCAUUCCCAUUACAGAACGAGCAGUGGAUAUAAUUGACACCUAGAAAAGUACAAGCACAUCUGGAAACAGGGCUAACGAUUCAGCAGCUGGAGUUUGCCAAAGACGUUAGUGAAAACACGGUUGAAGUGAUUGGAAUUUAUUUUUGUGACUUGCAUUUAUGUGUCAGGGCAUGCCUAACCAAAUUGCAUGCUUGGCAUGUGGUUGGUUGGUUGGUUUUGGGGGGGGUGGGGGAGAAAGUGUGGGAGGUGUUGGCAGGUAAGUAGGGCUGAUAGAAAAAGUUUGUUUCCAUAAAAACUUUUUUGACAAGAUGUCUUAUCAGAUAACCCAGAUUACAUUUUCAUUUAACUCUAAAAAAUAUCCAUUAAAUGACCAUUAUAUGUUAAUUAUCAUGUAACAUUCUGGAUAUAUUUCUCCACCAAACUUAUUGGUAUGGUUUAUAAUAUUAGAGUUUCCAUUACUUUGCUCAGAUCUCCAGACAGAGACUUAGAAGUUCUAGCAGAUGCUCCUUAUGGUCCAUGGAAAACUACUGAAAAUAAUAAAAGUAAUUUGGAUUAUAUGACUAUCAUAACAUUUAAAACGGAAAUUUAAAAUGAUAAACCUGUACAUUUUCUGUCAUCUCAUCUCUGAAUAUCUUUACUUGCAUCUUAGUUCACCUAUACAUUGUUAAACUUUUAUUUAACCUGGUGUUUCAGGUUUUAAUUCUAGUAAGACUAGAGUUUUUUCUUCUUAUGUUAAAGAGCGUUCAUUUUUUAAAUGAGGCUUUUCUAAUUGUGUAAAGGUGUAGCUUUUUCUUUGAGCAUCCAGCAGAGGGCAUGAAAGCCUACUUAUGAUUGUAACCCAAUGCUAGAUUUGAUUUAAUGGCUAAUGAAACCAUAAAGCUGAGUUACUACUGAUACCAGAUUUUUGACAAACCCAAGCAGAAUGGAAUGAUAAUGAUGUUCAAGCUUACAAAGAGGAAAUCUAUUACCUUACCUCAUAUUGCUCACAAUGAAGCUGAGCAUCAGGUGAGAUACUUGCCAUGGGAAGGUCUAGAAAAUCUGAUAUACACUCUCACUUCUGAGGAGGGGAUCUCUGAGUUUGAGUUGCCCACAAAGGCAGGCUAAUGCCCGUACAGGAUGUCCACGUGGUAUGGAGAAUCUACAUCACCAACCCCACAGGUCUAGCCUAUUUCUUUUGUACCUGACCACAAGUUCCCCUUUCAUUUUCAGUUUUGUAGUUCCAGAUUUGUUUCAUUUGUGUUGGGAGCACAACUUUUAUAAAAGACAACUUUAAAAUUCAGUAUCUUUCACGAAGAUGAAAUAGAGUUGGGAUAGAACUGAAUAGCAUUCAUGUGGACAAUGAAAUGAAACUCCAGCAGAAUAUUAUAUCUAGGGCAAAAUGUGAAAUAUGUCAGGACCGUGUGAGAGGAAAUGAGACGAUGAAAAUAUGUUGUCUGUGAAACCCCACUUUUGAUAAAGAAUGGUUUCUUUUUAAUCAGAACAACAACAAAAAAGACAUAUAUACAUCCCAAAGGAAUCUUUCACUUUUAAAUUCAUUUUGCUUUGUGAUUUUGUGCAAAAUAAUCCUAUCCAGGCUAUUUUUGCCUUUCAUAUUGAAUACUAGAUCCUGGGAAAGAGUGUAGUUAAUUGCUUUAUUAUUUCUACUAAGUGCAUUUCUAGGAAAAUGAAAUAAAAGUGAUAUCCCUUUACAAAACGGAAUCCUUUGGUGAUAAAAAUGUAAUUUAAAGUUGUGCGUUUAGACAAGAGUUAUUCUUUUCUUCUAAAAUUAUGUCAGUCUCUACCUAUCUAAUUCCUGAAGCAAAUAACAUAUAUCAAUCAAGAUGGCAGAUUUCUAUAUUAAUAAGAUGAAAAAUGGUAUUGUUCAGAAGCACUGAAAUUAUCAAUAAACACAGGUUUCUUAUUUUUAUUAUUUAA